UAUGUUUGUAAUAUUGUUUUAAAUUGAAUACGCUGAUUCAUUAUGUUAAAACCUUGGUGAAGAACGCAUUCAUACUAUACUAUAUCAUCUUAUAUGUAUGUAUGUAUGUAUGUAUGUAUGUAUGCAGGUUCUCAAUGUAAUAAUACUCACCAAGAGAGAAAGAGAUGGAGAAAAUCAACGAGUAGGAAAGAUAGUAAUGUUAGUACUGGAGGGGCAAAUCUUUUUUUUUUUUUUCUUUUUUUGUAGUUAUUUGUUAAUAUAGUGAGUUCAUUACAUAGAAGAUCUUUGGCUAAAAAACUACAGAGUAUGAAACAAUUUCUUAUAGUUUGCUCUGCCGUGAUUUUCAGCAAGGCUGAAAUUUUAAUAUAUCCAGAUCAGUAUGAUAAAAUUUCCAAAUCAGGAGGUCAAUUUGAUACUUUGCCUGAAAAAAAAGCACCAACAUUACAUGAUAUUUUUCCUCAACACUGGAGUGACCAUGUUACAAAUAUUAUUUCAAAAGGCAUAACCAAGUUUGCCUUGGAUAUGGACGAUGCAAUUUAUAAAAAUGACUUAAAUAAAAAAAAAGAGAAUAUAGUUUUUUCUCCACUUAGUUUAGCAGGAACAAUGGCAAUUGUCCUUUUAGCAUCAGGAGGAAAUACUUUCGAUGAGGUUGCUAAAAUUCUUGGUCUAGAAUCAGGUGUAGAUGUUUCUAGACACUCGGAAGUAGUUCAUGAGAUGUUUGGUCUUUUAAUUGGUAUGGUUGAUACGAAUAAGAACGGCUUUGGACCUCAAGCCACUUAUGCAAAUGGUAUUUUUAUUCAGGAAGGAUAUCCAAUUAGGUCUGAAUUUAGCGCAAUUAAUAAAAAAGUAUACAAGAGUGAAAUUAUAAAUGUGGAUUUUCAUAACCAUGGUGAGGAAUCUAGAGAAACAGUAAAUAACUGGGUACAUAAUAGAACCAAUGGAAAAAUUUCAACAAUUUUAUCAUCUGUACCAAAUCCAGAAACUGAUGUCAUUCUUGCAUCAGCUUUAUAUUUUAAUGGAGAAUGGGAUCAAUACUUUAUAGACUCGGCAACAAUGAGAAAGCCAUUUACCAUCGAGCCUGGUGAAACUGUAACAGUGGACAUGAUGUAUAACGGGGCUGAUUUCCCAUUUUAUGAAGAUAAAGCAUUGGGAGUAAAAAUACUGGGUUUGCCAUAUAAAGGAUUGAAGGUGUCUAUGUAUGUUCUACUUCCGAAUAAAGUUGGAGCCAACGCUUUAAAAGAAUUUAAAAGAAAUUUAAACCCAAACAUACUUGAGAAUUUAAUUAAUAAUGUAAAAAAUCAAACUUGCAUUGUUGGAUUUCCUAAAAUGAAACUAUCAAGUAGAUUGAGUUUAAAACAUGCCUUUCAGUCUUUAGGUUUAAUUACUUUAUUUGAUCCGACAAAGGCCGAUUUAAGUCUACUUUCUCCGGGGUUAAACGAUUCUUCUUCAUAUUCAACAACAAAGAACAACAACAACAACAACAACAACAACAACGGUGAUGAAAUAAAUUUACAAUUGCCAAAACCUCAAGAUGGAUUCUACUUUCCUCCUAGGAUUAAUACUGAAGACAAUAAAACACCAAGUAAUAAUGGCAACAACAGAAGAAAACACUACUUCAGGUAUGAAGAUAAACUUAGAGGUUACACUGUAGAACAAUGGGAGAAUGGAUAUAAUAUAAAAAGGAAUCGUAGAGCUGCAAAUCUGGAAUCUGGAGUGGAUAAAGGAAACAUUAUUUACCAACAGCAGCAGCAGCAGCAGCAGCAGCAGCAGAAGGAAAAGAAAAAAAAGAGAGCAAAAAGACAAAAUAGGCCAAUUGACCAAGAUUUCCUCAAUUUUCUAAACACACAAAAUUUACCAAGUUUUGGGAUAGAUUCGCUAAGAAAUAGUAAAACAAUUAAAAACCCUAAAUUAUAUGCAGAGGACAUUUUACACAGAGUGGAAAUUAAUAUAAAUGAAAAAGGAACUGAAGCUGCAGCUGCUACUGCUGUAGCAUUAGAAAGAACUGGCAGUCAAAACUAUUUCAUUGCCAAUCGACCUUUUCUAUUCUUCAUAAGGCAUGAUUUUAGUAAACUAAUAUGGUUUUGGGGAACAGUUAAUUCACCAACACCAAACUAUUAAUUUGAAUUGUUUUUAAAAAAUUACUUUUGUUAUUCUCUUUACUCAAAGUUGAUUAAGUUUAAGAUAAGAAAAUUAAUGUAAUUUAAAAUUAAAAUUAUUUUAAAAUCAAUAUUAAAUUUUUUUAGAAAUUA